AUGAAAGAGCAAAUGCCUUUGCAGAAAAUGAUGGUCCAGAAAGCUUAUAUUUAUAGUAUUGCCCUGAUGCAAAUGCGAAUGUGGAAUUUUGUUCGAGCAGUGCGUUGUUUUUUCCAUGAACAGAUAGGACGUAUAAUAGUGAACGAAUAUCAGAAAAAUUUGGAUGGGAUAAAGACAAUUGGAGAAGCUUCCCAACUCCAUAGGCAAUUUGUGAAAAAAUUAUACCGUCAUUGUCUUUUGGGUCGGAAACAUGUGCAACUGUGGAAUGUGCUGGAUGAAUGUUUGAUAUUAAUUACCAAAUAUCGUCGUUGCAACGCAGAAUCAUUCAAUAUACUGAAAUUGUUUCAAGUUUUCAAUGAUUUUCACAGUAAUGUGGAUUUGUUUUGCAAUG